AGAGGCGUGGUUUGUAUACUGUUUUAGGAUAUAGAGAGUGUUGUUGGAUGUUUUCGAGAUUUUUACUAGCAUAAUACAAGAAAUAGGAGACAUAAUCGUUAGCGAGAGGUCGCAAGUACUAAUUUAAGCAUCGGUUAAUCAAGUCGCGUCAUUUAAACCGACGCUUAAAUCGUUUUUAGAAGGUAAAUUUGUUGUAGGUCAAGUAAGGGGAUGCUGCUGCAGUCGCUGUCUUGGAGCUCGACACAAUCGCUGAAUUUUAUGUUGCGUUUAGUCGAAAUAAGAAGCUUUGCAGUAAGAGAAAACGCCUGCAGGAUAUGUCAGUCUCGACCGAGUCAUUUUCAAAUUUAGUGAAUUCAUAUUGCACAACGUUUUUUAUUGUUGUCCACACCGCGCGUAGACGCCAGAGCAUUUUAGCUUGUAUUGUGUUGUUAGUUGAACAACUCCGUAAACCGAGCUGUCUGUGAGCCGAACUUACUAACGUUAACGUUACUCCAUUCGCCCAGAUUUGUUUUUAGUUGGAAAGUGGCAGUACAACAGUAAAGCUAUGAAGCUUUUAGAGAAUUCCCGUUUUGAGGCAUUGAGCUCCCAGCUGUGUGUUGAAACUGGAGAUGCUCACAUCCUUGGCAGGAUUGAGAGCUACUCGUGUAAGAUGGCUGGUGAUGACAAGCACAUGUUUAAGCAGUUUUGUCAGGAGGGGGAGCCACAUGUUCUUGAAGCUCUGUCACCCCCUCAGUCCAGCAGCGCUCCAAGCCCUAACCUAUUGGGGAAGAGUGGGGAGGAUGGAGAAAAUCCACUAAGUGAUAAGUGUUGCAGGAAGACCUUGUUCUACCUUAUCACCACCCUGAACGAGUCGUUCCGGCCUGAUUAUGACUUCAGUGCUGCCCGUGCCCAUGAGUUCAGCCGAGAGCCCAGCGUUAACUGGGUGGUCGACUCUGUUAACAGCAGCCUUUGUUCUACUGUGGGAGAGCAGUUUAACUCUUUAGGACCAGAACUGUGGAAUGCCAUUGAUCAAGAGAUAAACCUGCAGGGCUGUGACAUCUAUAGCUACAACCCAGACCUUGACUCUGACCCCUUUGGUGAGGAAGGCAGCCUGUGGUCCUUCAACUACUUCUUUUACAACAAGAAACUUAAACGCAUUGUAUUUUUCACUUGCCGCUCAGUUAGUGUCCUCAGUAGUUAUGGUUGCAGUGGCCUUGACAAUGAGUUGGACAUGGAGCUGGAUGAUGAAGAGGAAGUGGACAGCUUCAUGGAAGACAGGUUCCCCCGAGCUCUGUGUGUCUAAAGCUUUCUCAGGGAUGUCAACCUGCGCUUCAGCUAAAGGGCCUCGCCGUUAAAUUUACACCCAAUUUCUUCUUUCCUUUUUUAGAAGAAAAAAAAAAAACUUUCAAAACUUUUAUUUUCUGGGGAUUUUCUUAAGUGUAUGCGUUUAAUUUUUACUUCACUGUGGAUUGAGGAGAAGAAAUAAGUUAAUUUUACACCUCCCAUUUGCCUCUAAAGAUCACAAACUGUGGCUGAGAGGAAUUCCAGGAGAGCUGCUUGGACAAGGUUUGACAAGGACUCGUUUAAGCAUUGGCUGAGACAAACAAAAACCACUGGAAACCAGCUCAUCCUAGGAGUGAAUGAAAGUCACCAGCGUUUUGACAGUGGAGAAUAUGAACACACUUUCGAAUUCAAAGAAUGCAUGCCUUCUGGAUUUGUGCCCCUCUGUUUUAUUGGUUCUCCUAAUAUUUCACGUUUUACCGUUUUUUUUAAUUUUUUUAAGCUGUGUAAGGUUUGAAGCUUGUGUAUCUGAAUGUUGUCAUUUAACAUUUUUUAUCAAAACCAACUUAACAGGUACUUUUCCCCACUCUACAUAUGUUUCCUGGGAUUUAAACCAAUGAUCCUGGAAUAGGUAGCAUCGUGCUCUAGCAAACGAGCUCUAGACAUUUUUAGAUUUAUUUUCCUAAAAUCUUUAUAUAAGAUUGAACUAUAAAGCUUUUUUUGGUAAACUUAAUUAUUUGAAAUGCAUUUAUUUUAGUACACACUGCACUGAUUUUUAGUAUUAUAUGUCUGCAGGUUUCACUUUUGUUGCUGCAAUUUCUUUGGCUUUCUGUAAUAUGGGCUUUGCUAUGAGUUUACCAACUGUUAUUUUUUUGCAUAGCUGAAUGGUAAACAUGCAAACCAAAUAUUGUUGAAGCUUUCAAGGCUGGUGCACCCGAAUCGUGAAUGAAAAAUGUGAAUGGUCUUGUUGCCAGAUAGCAUCUGUGACAAUAAAAGUACAGGUUAAUCACCA